CGGAGCGGGCAGCGAGCGCGGGGCCGCGCCGGGGCCGGGGCCGGGGCCGGGGCCGGGCCGGGGGCGGGCGGCGGGGCCCGCCGGUCGGCCGGCGCCAUGGGCACGGUGCUGUCGCUGUCGCCGAGCUACCGGAAGGCCCCGCUGUUCGAGGAGGGGGCGGCCACGGUGGGGCACUACACGGCGGUGCAGAACAGCAAGAACGCGAAGGAGAAGGGCCUGAAGCGGCACUCGCUGAUCUCGGUGCUGCCCUGGAAGCGCAUCGCCGCCGUCUCCGCCAAGAAGAAGAGCUCCAAGAAGGUGCAGCCCAACGGCGGGUACCAGAGCAACGUGACCCACCUCAACAACGAGAACCUGAAGAAGUCGCUCUCCUGCGCCAACCUCGCCACCUUCGCCCCCCCGCCGCCCCCCGCCGCCGCCGCCGCCGCCCUCGCCUCGGCCCAGAAGGUGCCGCCGGCCGCGCCCGCCGCCGCCGCCGCCACCCCGCGCCGGGUCGUGGUGCAGGCGUCCACCAGCGAGCUGCUGCGCUGCCUGGGCGAGUUCCUCUGCCGCCGCUGCUACCGGCUGAAGCACCUCUCGCCCACCGACCCCGUCCUCUGGCUGCGCUCCGUGGACCGCUCGCUGCUGCUGCAGGGCUGGCAGGACCAGGGCUUCAUCACGCCGGCCAACGUGGUCUUCCUCUACAUGCUCUGCCGGGACGUCAUCUCGGCCGAGGUGGCCAGCGACCACGAACUGCAGGCAGUGCUGCUCACCUGCCUGUACCUCUCCUACUCCUACAUGGGCAACGAGAUCUCCUACCCGCUCAAGCCCUUCCUGGUGGAGAGCUGUAAGGAGGCCUUCUGGGACCGCUGCCUCUCCAUCAUCGACCUCAUGAGCCCCAAGAUGCUGCAGGUCAACGCCGACCCGCACUACUUCACGCAGGUCUUCGCCGACCUCAAGAAGGAGAGCGGCGCCGAGGAGAAGGGCCGGCUGCUCAUCGGCCUCGACCGGUGAGCGCCCGCCCGCCGCCCGCCCGGCCCCGCCGGCCCCGGGGGAUCGCCCGGCGCGGAGCCGCUUCCCGGGGGCUGCUGCGGGCGGGGGGAGGCGGGCGCUGCAGCCGCCCCGGCGCUGGGGGGGGCGGGGGGGACACGGGGCCGGAGCGGAGCGCGGACCCCCGGACCCCCACCCCGGGCCGCCGCCGCCGCCCCUUCCCCACCCCGCGGGCCCGGGGACGCCGCGGCUCCGCCGCCGGGUCGGGUUCAGCGAUUCGUGGAAGGGGGGGACCCCCCCACCGGGACCCCCCCCCCCCCCCCCCCGGGACCCUCCCCCGGGAGCCCCGGGCGGGGGCGCGGAGCGGAGCGGGGCUCCGCGGGCCGGCGGCGGCUGCGGCGGCGGGUGCGGGACCGGCCACCGCAUCGCCGAGACAAAGACCAGGUUGGGGGGGGGGGGGGAAGGAGGAAAAACAAAAAAAAGGAGAAAAGCAACGCUCCGAAGGCUCCGGCGGGGGCGGCUGAACGGGGCCGAUCGUGACUUGCCGGAGCGGCCGGUAACGGGACAGACGCGGCCCGGCCCCCGCCCCCUCCCCUUUAUUUAUUUUCUUUGAAGAGACUCGAAUUUCCCGAGCGGGUCUGGGUUAAGGGAAAUAACCGCUACUGUAUCAUGACAUCAAUGUGAAAUGUCUUGUUCCCAUCGUGCACUGAUCAUGAGUAUUGUGUAAAGGAUCUACUUGAGUGUGCAAGCAAGGAAAGAAUCUACAUGCUGCUAUAUGAAUACUUUUAGAACAAAAAAAAGGAAAAAAAAAACCCAACAAACUCCUAACCUACCGGGGGGGGAAGAAAAACUCUUCUUUAUUCUUUCAUUGUUGCUUUUACAGUGGUAUUGCGCAUGCAAACAGGAGCAUUUUGUGUCUUCAAAAAAAAAAAGGAAAAAAAACAACAUAAAAAAAUAAUAAUCGAAAAAAACCUUACCGGGAGCUGGCUGUAAAAUCUACACCCAUGCACAAAGACCCGACACCACCCGAUACCGCAGGCUUGAGCUGGUGUUCCCUUAUCAGGCCUGGGGACUGCUAAGUUUUUUUUGGGUUUUAUUAUUUUUUUUGAAUUUUUCUCCGUGUGCACAGUUCUAGUUUAGUUCUGGUCCAUCGGGAGUUACACUUGGAGCGAGCGGGAGAAAUAACGUGCCAUUUAUUUUUAUUUUCGAUUUUUCACUUGAAGCUCUCCAUCGCUGUACAUUGGACCCUGCUAAUGAUACAUGUGUACGUACGUUUUUUUAGUGCAAUCUCUUCUGUAGAUCUUUGUUGACCAAAUUGGUGGGUAUUGUUACUUAUUAAUUUAUAUUUGUCUCAUUUUGUAUGUAUGUGUAUAGUGUGUUUGUAAGUAUGUGUGGUUUAUAACCUGACCGACUGUGUCAUGGGGCUCAGUGUGCCUGUAAUUUAAUCCCCUCCCCUUAUUUUUAUUUAUUUUUGUACUGUGCUGAUUAAAUAAAAAUGCACUGACCAUCCAUUACACGGCA